UGCGCGGCUCACACCGGAUGAGCACCCUUCCCUUCCUCCUUUCGGCCGGGUUGGCGUGUCUUCCUUCCGGCUUGCCGAAGAAAGUUGAGGGAGGUUCAGCGGCAACUGGGCUUUUACAUAAUGGACAGCCAGGGAAGGAAAGUGGUGGUCUGUGACAAUGGGACCGGGUUUGUCAAGUGCGGCUAUGCAGGCUCCAACUUCCCAGAGCACAUCUUCCCUGCGCUUGUUGGGAGGCCCAUCAUUCGCUCGACAGCCAAAGUUGGAAACAUUGAGAUCAAGGACCUGAUGGUGGGGGAUGAAGCCAGUGAGCUGCGCUCCAUGCUGGAGGUCAACUACCCCAUGGAGAACGGGAUUGUUAGGAACUGGGAUGACAUGAAGCACCUGUGGGACUACACCUUCGGGCCAGAGAAGCUCAACAUCGACUCCCGCAACUGCAAGAUCCUUCUGACUGAGCCUCCCAUGAACCCCACCAAGAACCGCGAAAAAAUCAUUGAGGUGAUGUUUGAGACCUACCAGUUUGGAGGAGUCUACAUUGCUAUUCAAGCUGUGCUGACACUGUAUGCCCAAGGCCUUCUGACCGGUGUGGUGGUGGACUCCGGUGAUGGUGUGACACACAUCUGUCCAGUGUAUGAGGGUUUCAGCCUGCCCCAUCUUACAAGACGUCUGGACAUUGCUGGCAGGGACAUCACCCGCUACCUAAUCAAGUUGUUGUUGUUGAGGGGUUACGCUUUCAACCACUCUGCUGACUUUGAGACAGUGCGCAUGAUGAAGGAGAAGCUCUGCUAUGUGGGCUACAACAUCGAGCAGGAGCAGAAGUUGGCACUGGAGACCACCGUGCUUGUGGAAUCAUACACGCUGCCAGAUGGUCGUGUGAUCAAGGUGGGAGGAGAGCGGUUUGAGGCCCCGGAGGCUCUGUUCCAGCCCCACCUCAUCAACGUGGAGGGUGUUGGAGUGGCCGAGCUCCUCUUCAACACCAUCCAGGCAGCCGAUAUAGACACCAGGUCUGAGUUCUACAAACACAUUGUGUUAUCAGGAGGAUCCACCAUGUACCCGGGCCUGCCUUCUCGACUGGAGAGGGAACUCAAGCAGCUGUACCUGGAGCGUGUCCUCAAGGGAGAUGUGGAUAAGCUUUCGAAAUUUAAGAUCCGGAUUGAGGAUCCUCCCAGGCGAAAGCACAUGGUGUUCCUGGGCGGAGCCGUGCUGGCCGACAUCAUGAAGGACAAGGACAACUUCUGGCUGACCCGGGAGGAGUACCAGGAGAAAGGAGUCCGCGUGCUGGAAAAACUUGGAGUCACCGUCAGAUAAAGCACUGGACGGACAGACCAUGCACACGCACACACGCACACACACACACACACACACACACACAGAUAUACAUGAUAUUAAUACAUUUCCCCCUUCGCCCACAUCGCAGAGUAUAUAUCUAUUUAUCCCUCUUCUUCCCUCUUCGGGCUCUUGAUAUUCCUCAAACAUCAGAGGGAAUCGAGCCACCACCUCCCCGCUCUCCUCCUCUUCCUCCUCCUCCUACUCUCUGCCUCUCUCCUCUCCUGGUUUGGGAUUGGCUCGCACUUUUUCCUUGCAAGCUCAGAGAACCAAUUCCUUCUUUGCAGACUUACACCGAAGCCCCUCCUUUACUUUAACUAUGAAUUGAAGGGUUAAUGUUGGCCUGCCGGUGAUUUUCAUCGGGUACCGGCGCAGAAGGUUAAAAACGGGGCACGAACCGUUAACCGCGAACAUGUUUACCUGCUAAUAGGUUUGUUGGGAAUUGAAGUCGGCAGGUAAACACGGCAUUGAGACAGUUUAGUUCCCUCCCUUGAUUAAACCUCCGGAGAGGACAAACUGAUGCAAAGUUUCUAAGCAACUCGUAAGCGUCUGUAAUAUCACAAUCAGGGUCCACCACAAACAGCCACGGGCCGCUUUCAGCAUCUGUUCCAGGUGAGCGAGAACUGAUCACAUUUUUAUGUCGAUUUUUAUAAACGAUAUCAUGACUUUUCUUUUCUGGGAGAGGGAUUACUUUUUGUUUUGCUUUUUCUUUUUUGUUGGAUGUAUGAGUUAAAUUUAUCUUCUAAUUUGUUUUCAUUGACUUUUUGUUGCUGUGCACUACUACCAUUGUAAAUGGAGUGUAUUGUGGUAACAGAAGUUCCUCCAUGUUUUUAUGAAGAACUGAUGGUUGAUUUAUAAAGGGACAAAUACACAAAGCAAAGCCCCCUGAGCUUGACAUCGGCUGUGUGACGGUACUUUGGGCUUUGUGGGUGGUGAGACAAUGAUGGGCUGCGUGUGUAAGGGGGUGGGGAGCGAUACUGUUUGUUCCUCUUCCGACAGCCUCGCCUCGGCCUCCUCUCCCGGUGUAAAUCUCAAGUUGAAUGAACGGGUCUGAGCAGUUGUAGCAAUAUUGUUUACUGUGACGACGCCAUAGCACCUCACCUGUCGUAUUCCUUCAGAUCCACCGAAGCGCGGAGGCAGUCGCAGGUUGGGGUGAGAUGGAUUUGAAUCUGGGCGCAGAGCACCGGAAAACUGGGAAAACAAAACGGUAUUUUAUUGAUGUUGAAAUGCUAUUGAGACCAUAUUUAAGUUCUCAAGUGUUUCACUCCCAACGGUUGACUUAAUGAUUACUGGAGGCACUUCCAUUUUGAGUAUGAUAAAUUUGUAUUUUUUUUUUUUUCCUCUUUCCAUGAACGUCUAUCCAGUGCCAAGUGCAGUUAAUGUUAACUGGAUCGCUCUGUUUUAAUGUCUUUCUUUUUUUUCACUGUUUUUGUUUUAUUUUCCUGUGUUGUUCAUAGCAUAACUGCCUAACGCUGAUUUAAAUAAAGAAAAGUGAUUUAUAA